ACCUGCUAUCACUUUUUAGUUUUUUCCUUGUACCAAUAAUAAUACCGUCUAUCAUCGAGUUUAUUUACCUACUUUAUCGUUCAUUGUGUCGUGUUGGUAUUUUUCUUUAAAAUGAUAAACUUUCGCUCUUUGCGUAUUGACCAUUAAACAUAAUAUUAUAUUAAAUAUUUUAAUUUUGAUGUGAUCACAAAUAAUUGUUUAUGUACGAUCGAAAUUGUUUUCUUUAGUCGUACUUAACCAGUGUGGAUUGUUUCACAUGAUCACAUCAUUAUUUAUGUAGUCUAACAUGUCCAUUCGUACAUAGAUGUUUUAUAAUGUCUUGUGUUAGUGGACUACCAAAAAAUUACAAUGGCCAAAACACUGCAAUCAGCCAGAAACAAAAUGUGGUAAUACCACCUAAGUAUCAACCACCACCAAGUCCUAAUCGUCAAUAUAAUGUACAACUAAUCAAUUAUCCGCCAACUAAUAUUGACAGGAGGCAACAAGGUGAAAAGCCAUAUGCUAAUACUGCCGAAAAUCAUAGAUAUAGAACUUUGCCUGGAGAGCAACCAUCGGAUAUGCUGAAGUUUGUACGAAAAAUAGAUUCGGACAAUUCAAACAAAAUAUCUCCAGAUCAGGUGGGGCAGUUGAUGUCAGAAAUCAAUAGCUUAAAAGAAGUGAAUCAAAGACUGAAUGACGAAAAUCAAGAGUUACGAGAUUUAUGUUGCUUUUUGGAUGAUGAUAGACAAAAAGGACGAAAACUAGCAAGAGAAUGGCAGAGAUUUGGAAGAUAUACAGCUUCUGUUAUGAGACAAGAAGUUGCUGCAUAUCAGGUGAAAUUAAGACAUCUUGAAGCCAAACAACAGCAUCUCAUUGAAGACAACAUUGAACUUAAGGAGUUAUGUUUAUACUUGGAUGAAGAACGAAGUGGUCCAAACAGAUUGAGGGAUAGCUCUGUAUGUAGAGUUUGUGGAAAUUCUACAGGUUCUGGAAAUAUACCUGAAGAACUACAUAGAAGAGAUGAAGGUGAUGGAAGCAGCUCUUCGACAAAUGCUGAUGAAAAUAUGAUAACUGGUAAUCAGAGUCAAAGCUCAUAUCAUAGACAAUCACAUCAAUCAAAUGAUCAAAAUUUACCUCCAGAUCAAAGAUCAUUGAAUUAUAUUAGACAACUUGAAGCCAAGGUUAAAGAGUUAGAAGAAGAAAAAAAUAAACUAUCUAAAAAGAUGAUACAAGAAGAAAAAAUUGAUCAAAAAAUCAAUAACUGGAAUACUGAUGGUUCUUUUCCGAAAAUGACACAUCCUGAAUCGGUUUUGACUGCACUUCAAGUAUUGGAGCUACGUGAACAAUUAGAAGGCAAAGGUGAUGAGACCUGUAGUGGGGUAGACAUGGAAGAUGAAGAAAAAGCAUUACUUAGAGAAAUGUGCAAUGUGGUAUGGCGGAAACUGGAAGAUGCUUAAUAAUUUGCAAGACAUUGCCACAGUGGAUUAAUAUCUUGGAUUCAUAAUAAGUAAUAACUAUGAUCAAAAUCGUUUAAUUGAGAUUAUGCUUUUACGGUUUUUAGAAUAAUUUUUAUUAUUUAGUAUUAAUAUUUAAUACAAUAAUACAUGUACUAUUAAAUGUUGUUAAGUGAAGUAUUUUGUAACAAAAACUUAAAUGUCAAUCCUAUCUUGUAUUUUUAUAAUUUUAUCUAACAAAAAGUAGUUUUCAUUAUAUAAUUUGUACUUUUUUAGUGUUUUAAUUACAUAUUUCAAAGUUAAAAUUCAUCUAUAUAAUUGAUAUUGGAUUAAGUUUAAACUAGUAGUACUUAGAUUAAUAUUAUUAAUAUAUAUAUUUUUUUAAUCAAGUAAAUACGAUUUGUAUUAAGUAAUAAAUUACAUUAAAUUAUUUAAUUUUCUUUAAACCAUUUUACGAAUUGAAUAGAUGAUUUAACUACUCAAAUACUAAUUUUAUUUUAUUAUUUAUAGUACAUUUAAUUAUGUUCAAAUGCUUUUCAUAAUUGACUGCAUUUUGUGAUGUAUAUAAUAUUUUAUACAUUCAAUUCACUGACUGAUUAACAAGACCACCAAAAAUCAGUUUCCUUUUAAAAAAUAAAUCCAAUACUGAUUAGAGAUUUAGUGUUAAUUAACUCUUAUAUUAUGGUUUUAACAAUUUCUCUUCUGACACUAAUUGUUAUGUUUACUAAAAUGUAAAUAAAAUUACUAAUUGAUCGGAAACAAACUUAAUUGUUGGUAAUUUAAAAAAAAAAUUGUAUAUAUGUUAUAAUUUAAUAGUAAUAUACUAAUAUAAGAAUAAGAAUAAAAAGAAUACAAAUACAAAUUUGGUAUGUACUUAAAUUAUUAUUAUUACAUUUUGAAAGGAAAUAUUUAUUUAUUUCAUAUAAUAAUUAUCAUAGUAUUAAUGAUACAUUUACAUUAAAAAUAGGACCACAAUAGUAAAAGUAAACAUUUCAUAUUAAUAAACUAUUUUAAAUUGAUUUCAAAAAGUGAUUCCUGUUUGUAUUUUCAAACUAAUAUAUUUAAAAAUGUUUUGUUUUAAAAUGGUACAGAUCUAAGUUUAAAAUUGUCUGUGAAUACUUAAUAAGUUCUUAUACCUACUACUUAUAACACUACUCACGUUGAAAAUAUUAAAAACAAUCAAAAUAAUUUGUUAAAACUUUGAAUGUACCAAUUUUAUGUAUAAUUAUUAUUAUAUCUACAUAUUAUAUUGCCAUUACACGUUUAGAAACAAAUAGAAAAUGUUUUCCAUAUAUUUUUUUAUUAAAGUGUGCACAUUAAAUUAAGAUAACAUUUAUAAAUUAUUUAUGAUCCUAUUAAUUUUAGUUUGUUUUAAACUACAAAUGAUUAAAAUAUUUAUGACCUUCGGAUUUUACUUGUUGACAAAAAUAAUUAUAAAUC